ACUAAAUGAGAUAUUUUUGAAACAUUUUCAUUUUACAGCUUAGCCUAAAUACCCUAACAAAGCAGCAAACAUCAUCUGCUUGAGCUGUGUACUGGUGGAAUCACAGUGAAUGUAUGACUGCAGUUGAAGAGGCUGCAACUGGUUCUAACAAUGGCUAGCACUGAGGAACAGACACCGGUGAAUGAUGAGCCAACCACCACUGAAGCAGAGACUAUACAGGAGAAUGGAGAGGAAGCUUCGGCCAGUAGUAGUGUCCAAACAGCUGCUGAGGAAGAGAUUGUUGAGGAGGGAAGCUUAAUCAAAGCAGGGACUGAGGAUGAGGGGAAGAUUUUUGUUGGUAAUCUGUCAUGGGUGACUACUAACAAUGAACUGCGGGAAUACUUCGCUACGUUUGGUGCAGUGAAGGACUGUAUUAUCAAAAAAGAUCAAGAGACUCGAAGAUCCAGAGGAUUCGGUUUUGUUCUUUUCAAAGACCCAGAGUCUGUGAAAAAAGUUUUAAACCAGAAAGAACAUAAACUUGAUGGUCGUAAUAUUGAUCCGAAAUUAGCAGAACCUCCCAAGAAAGCUACAUUCAAGGUGUUUGUCGGUGGUUUAUCGCCUGAUAUUAGUAACGAACAAUUGAAAACUCAUUUUAGUACUUUUGGAGAGAUUGAAUCCUUUGAAAGGCCUUUUGACAAAGUAAAACAAGCGCCUAGAGGAUUUUGCUUCAUUUCAUACAAAAAUGAAAAAGCAUUAAAUGAAGCUCGCAAAGAACAGUUUCAGGAGGUUGCAGGGAAACAGUGUGAAGUAAAAUUGGCGACUCCUCCACAAUCCAAGCCUGGCUGGCCAAGACCACAAAGCCGAAUGGGAGCAAGGCCCAAUUACAAUCAAGGUGCUUGGCCACAAUCUCAAUGGGGAUUAUCAACAGGUUAUGGUGGUUAUGGGGAUUAUUUCAAUUCUUAUAAUUCUGUUUAUGGUGGAUAUGGUGCUGGAAUGAAUUACGAUCCAUAUGACACCAGAGGAUGGACUAGAUACGGUCAAGGAAACAACUUUAAUUCUCAAGGCCAGCAACAAACACAACGUUCUAUGUAUGGUGGAAAUAAUUAUCGUAGAGGACCAGUUGACAAUUUCAAAUCCUAUUAAUUUGGAGUCUUUUUUCAUUUAUGGCAAUGGUGAAUAACCUUUUUCAGAGUUUUUUCUGAAUUCCUGAUGAUGUUGAAUGAUGAGGAGUUGACGAAAUAUUUUAGCCGUUACUUUCGUGAAUUUUAUUUCCUUUGUUUCCAUAUUACGUUACGUUUUGCUCAAAUAUUUUAUUUGCUCUUUUCAGUCAACUUUUUCAGUUUCAGAUUUGUUUUACAAAUAAUAUCGUAUCUAUAUAAAGCUGACGGUAUGUACCACCGUAAGCGUGCGGUGUGUACCUAUCGUCAUGCAAGUUAUAUCUCUGAUAUGUUUGCUAUACAACCAGCAUAGGAGAUGGUUAUUAUUGUUGUUUGAAUGUUGAUUUUAUGGCAGCAUACAUACUACCACAAAAUUUUUUUUUUCAUGGUCCUAUUAACAUUUCUUUCAAAACUUCAGAUUUUUAGGAUUUCACUUGUCCAACUAUUAAAUUGUAAUGAUGUUUUCAGGAACUAAAAAAAAGGUUCGUGACGAACAUUACACGGCCUAUUUGACAAGGCCUUUCCCAUCUGAGAAUGUUUAAUUAUAAUUAAUUUAACAAGAAUGUGACUUGGUGCCUUGCUCAAUCUUUGCGUUAGUCUACUAAGGACAAUUUCGGCCACCUGACCUGACCAUACAAGGUAAAUUGCUAUAAGCUAUUUGGAUAUUUUUGUUUGUACAUCUCUAUAUUCGGUCAAGAAAAUAGGCCACUGGUGCUUGCUACCGUGACUCAUUCAGCAGAAAUUGUCCUUCAGCCAUCUUUGACCCAUUGAGUAGUGUUCUAUCCAUCUAUCUAUAGUGUUUUUGUUCUAAUAUUUAUAAUCCAAUGUUCUCUGAUUGCAAAGCUCUCCAUGUUGACUCACUUUUUAUUGUACAAGUGUAACAGUUUCUUUCGAAUUUAAACCUUCACUCACAAAGUUCAAUUAUGAGUGUUCAUGUAAUAAAAAGCCCCUUAUACUUAUGUCCUUUCCUCUCAGACGAUAUAAAACAUAUUUCUGACGUACCCUUACAGUUCAUGUUCGUGUUGUUCAUUAAUUUUGUUCCUAUACAUCUACAAAAAUACUUGUUUCGCAGUUAAAGAAGAAGAAAUAACAAUUCUGUGAUGAGAAA